ACACAAUCCCCACGUCUGUCGUGGAGCAGAUGGAGGGCAUCGGGUGCAUGUUUAGUGUCCCCUUGUUCAAGCUAAUUCCCAGGCUGAGAGGUAUGGCGCAAACAAAGGUCAAGUACACUGUUUGGUGUAAAGCACAUACCAAGUAUGAGAGGAUUUACGUCAGAUAUGGCACCGUGCUACGCAUCGGCACAAUGCGGGACAUCAACAUCAUCCGGGAUGAGCUUACGACAAAGCUGGGCUCCUACAUAUCGCAAAACUACACAAUUACAAUAUGUUAAAGUGCACGCAAGGCGUAUACAGCUCAAAAUCCAGGCACAAGAUUCCUACACUAAACUCAAUUGUAGUUGUCAAGCUGUUGCAUGAUUUCGUUGCACCCUAGUUCCUGGUAUUUCGAUUGAUCGAGAGAGAGCAUCGACAGAAUCCAAAGUGGCUGCCUGCAUGAGCCAAAAUGUUGCCCCGAAAACAUGACAAUACCAGAAAAGUCUAUUGAUUUAGUAGCACAGGUUAUUGCUAAGAUUUGGGCAACAAUGCUUGCUAGGUGCAGAUGCGAGGAUCACCGUAUAGAGUUGCCUGUGCAUGCUACGUUAAAUGUGAAAGGCGUUUAUAAAUAUUACGACCAGCAUGGUAAAACUACAGCAUGGGGCGACGAAUUGGCGAAUAUAUCUACAAGUCCUCAUCAUGGCUUUUUAACAACAGCAUUCAACGACAACUCGACCUACUUUCUGCCGCAAUAUGAACAUCUCCACACAUACCAUUACCACAGCCGACAAUAGGGCGGCAUCACAAACGGCGAGGAUACUUGGUGGAGCAGCUACAAACUCUGGCAAGAAUCAGGAGCAGACGAGAAGAUGCGAAGUCGCGCGAACUGGUCGACGACGUUAACAUGAUUGCGUUCGCUCAGUCGCAGCGUUGGGUGGGCUGGUCUGUGGAUAUGAAGCAGGCAUGAAAUGAUAAUCACGUAAUGCUAUUGGACC